UACAUGACUACAAAAUUAUAUGUGCAUUAUUUUUUCCUCCUGAAUUUUUCACGGAACCCUUAGUCCCCCAGUUUGAAAACUUUGUGGCUCAGUUUGUUUAUUUAUUUGUUCCAGUUUUUGAGAGUGAAUGAAACUUGCACCUGCGUAAACAACAUUGCUUGUAAUGUCUUGCAAAAUUCUUCAUUUGUAUGUGUGUGAUCAUAUGUUUCACUUUUUUUCAUGACAUUUGAAUAUGCCAACAUGACAAAGUGAAUAACUUCUAAAAUUCCUGAAGCUCACUGACACUUUCUUAAUCAUAUAAAUGACAUGAUGAGGUUCACAUACUUGUGACAUCAGCACAAACUUUCCCAGCCUGAAAUAUUGCGCAACUCUCUGACUCAUAUCCAGGACGGAGCUUUAAAAGAGCUGCAAGUUCCACAAUGUGGACAGAAUUCACCAACAUCUCUGAACACUUCAAGCGUCUAGCUUCCAAACUCUAGAUUUACUUUUACUUUUUGUUAGUUUCACUUGGGAAGAAUGCACUGCAAAAUCUUUUUAGUCUCUGUUAUUGUUUUCCUCGGAUUCCUGACCAUUGGUGAAGGAAUGAGUCUUAAAGGUCUGGGUGUAGAUCCACGCUGUCGCUGCAUUGAAACUGAGAGUCGACGCAUUGGAAAACACAUUGAGAGUGUGGAGCUCUUCCCUCCAAGCUCACACUGUAAAGACACAGAGAUCAUUGCCACCCUGAAGGGAUCUGGGAAAGAGAUCUGUCUGGACCCUACUGCACCCUGGGUUAAGAAGGUCAUUGAGAAGAUCAUUGCCAACAAAGCCCCAUGAAUAUCUGGGUCAUCUGUGAGGUUUAGCCUGAAGAUAUGAAUGAUAUGGCCACCUCUGACAUAUCAACCUAUACCGAUGGGCACAGUCCUACUGUUUGGUUAUGUUUAAAACAGUUUGUUCAAUAUUGAGUGUUGUUCACAUAAGUGUUGAGUGUUUUUAUUUAUAUUUAUGUAUUUAUUUAUUAUAUAUUUAAAAUAAAAUGAUUUUG